AUGGUUGAGAAACAAUCUCAUAAUGGCGAAGGUAGUAGCCAACUGUCUGAUAAUAGUAUAUACAUGGAAGUUGUUGGAGGCAUUAACAAGAAAGGACGCAUAUUUGGAUUAGGAUAUCAAGCUGCAACUAUCAAAGCAUUCAUAAAAUCAUCGUCUACAGUUUCUGAUGUAUCAUCAGAAAAAGUUGUUGCUAUGGAAGCUAAGAUUGAAGCUUUAACGAUUGAACUUGAACAAAAGAAUCUUGAACAAGAAAUGAUUAAAAAAAAGAUGGCGCAUUGGGAGCGGAUGUUUGAGAGUAUUGUGCCUCAUUAUAAUCAAAAUUCUACACUUCAAUCGGAAGGAGAAGGUGAUAAUGGAAAUGAAGAGAUGGGUGAUGAUCUGGAUGACCUUAUGCACUGA